AUGGACCCUCUGUCCAACAUUGUCACUACGGGGCUGUCGUCGUCGCCUGCCUCGCCGUCUGCGUCGCACUCGGCCGCCUCGCCGCUGUCAUCAUCGUCCUGCUCGUCUCGGCCGAGCGGUCAAUCGGCGACACCGGUCAGGUCCAUCAGUCCCAUGGCACCUCGCUCCCCUCUUCCCGGCCAAGAGCGAGGUUAUCGCCCGUUGCACAUCCAGCAGCAGAACCCUUUGCCGCCGACCCCACCCCAACCGCACGGUCACAUGCCUGUGCCACUGCCCCCGGAUGACGCCUGGGGGCCGACCUCGCCGGUCCGACCGACCCAUUCGGCAGCAGCGAGUGGCAAUGAUGCUGCAUCCUCCGCACCAGGCUCGGAUCAUCAGUGGUCCUCUUCGUCGACCUCCACUGGCUCGGGAGGAAUGGUCGCCCGGCCACCGCAGACCUGGGCCGAGUCGAGAAGAGCGAGCGCACACCCACACCCGGAUCGAGACGGCGACGAUGACGACCGCAACAACAGGUCGCUCGCCCGAUCCACCUCUUCGCAGGCACCAUCACAACCGCCAUCCGCUCAAACCUUCGUCAGGAUCAAGGUCCUCGGCCUCGACAAGAACAGGAGGGAUAUCUACGUCAAGUUCAACGCCGAGGUGAGCGAGCGACCUUGGGUCCUUGAGUUGAGGUGGGGGUGUACUCUUUAGCCCGGCUAAACAGAUCAGUGCCGCAAUGCCACCUUCUCAGUCCAAUUUGCCGAGCUAUCGUAGUUCAAACUGUGAGUACUUUGGGCACUCCACCCUCCGUUCCACCCUCCGUUCCAACAACACGCACUGAACCCUCAUCCUCUCCACCCUCAGACCGAUCCGUUUCGCGGUCCUACUCGGAACUGAUCAAAUUCUCGGAAGCGCUCGCCGUCACCUGCCCGCAAUCGAUCCUUCCCGCUCUUCCCUUGGCCCAGACGAGUGCUCUGACCAACGACGAAGAUGACCGCUUGGUCAAGCAGAGCUUCCAAAAGUGGUUCACCAGGCUGUCCAACGACCCGGGCGUCAUCAGGGACGACGAGAUGCGCAGCUUCAUCGAGAGUGACUAUGGCGUGAGUCGCCGAAAGUCGUGUCCAGCCGGCCCUUCCCUGUCUCUGACGAUCUCUGGAUUGAACACGUUUACCAGUACACCCCCAAAUCAACCUCGAAACGACGAUCAGUGACCUCGGCCGGUGGAUUCCUCACUUCGCGAAGUUCCAAACUGCCCGGAGAGAACGACGAUGACCUCACCAUCGCCAAAGCCGGUCUCGCCAAGAUCGAGCACCAUCUGCAAGAGACGUCGAAAUCGAUCGAUGGACUGUCGCGAGCGCGUCGACAACUCGCGAUCGCGACGAACGACGUUGGCGAUCAACUGACGACGUUCUCGACCGUCGAAACGUACGGACCCCUCGCGGGCGGUUUCAAGAGAUUGGCCAGGACACACAAGAGUCUCUCGGAUGUGUUGAUUGGGGAGAGUGGGGCGGAGAUGGUCUCGUUGGGGGACUCGUUCGCUUACCAGGCCAUGAAUGCUCGGUCGGCCAAGGUGCGUCGUGCUCGCUCCUAAAAGUAGGAUCUUUCUCGGGUGAUUUGGCUGAACCUGCGAGUGAGAAUACACAGGAUACUCUUUCUUCGCGCGAUUCAAUCGUCGACGAGCAUCGCCAAGCGGUCAAAACGACCAUCACCAAACGGCGCAACAUCGAGAAACUGAAAUCUUUCUCAUCGAUCCGAUCCGAACGCGUCGACGAGGCGCUCGAUGACCUCGACGAUUCGGUCAAACACGAACAACUAUUGUCGCAACGUCUGUCGGCGAUCUCGUCGCACCUCGCUCCCUCCUUGACUCUGCACGCGAAGAAUACGCACGAGGAUCUGUUGAUGGCUUUGAUGGGCCACGCGAGGAUCAUGACCAUGUACGAGAAGCAGAUCCUGAAGGAGUUGGAGAUGGUCAGGCCCGAGUUGAAGGCCAUCAAGGAAGGGAGGAGUGGCGUGAUUUAUCAAAGUCAAGUCGGACCUAGAGGGAUGGGCUCCCCUCGGACGGCCUCGUCGGCUUUCGAAGGCAGUCCGACGAUGCAGAGGAACUUCUCGAACAAUUCCAACGUCAGCGCCACGACCCAGGCAAUGAACGGCACGACGGCAUCUCAGCCCAUUCUGACGAGACCGGUAUCGCAGCAGCAACAACCGCAACAACAAGAUGCACAGGCUAGAGAUCGUUUAUCCUCUCAUGCACCGACGACCGCAGCGCCCGUGCAGAAACGGUCGGUCAGGAGCAUGGCGAGUUCGGUCGUGGUUGAGAACGACAAGAGGCAACGCGUCGACGCGAGGAUGGCCGCUUCCAUGUUAGCGAAUGGAUUUUGA